AUGCGUUACGUUAAUAUUGACUUUACCAGGAAAUGUACUAUUGAAGAGAGUUUUAUGGAUUUCAUCAAUACCCACGAGAAAACUGGCGACGAGCUUUCAAAAGGAAUAGAGGAAAAACUAAUUGCUGACAAAAAGGAUACAACUAACAUCAGAGGACAAUCAUAUGAUAAUUACGCGAAUAUGGCUGCGAGAGUUCAUGGCGCUCAGAUAAAUCCAAAAAUGCAAACCUUUUCCGAUACAGUUCAACAAAUAUACAACUUUUCUGUUGGAUCACCUUUCCGCUGGGGACUGUUGAAAAGCAAACUUAAAGCAUCUUUAAAAGGAAUAAACGAUACAAGCUGGUCGUCAUCAAAUGCUAACGCUGUCCAUGCUUUAAACUCCCAGUUGGAAAAAGUUGUAAACAUUCUUGAAGAGGGCAACAACGGACUAACAAAUAUGUCUAUAAUUUCAAUUGAAAAAUCAACAGCAAUUAAUUUAAAUUAUGAUGAGAUUAUAAACAUAUUUGCUGAAUCUAAAUAUAAAAAAGUUCUAUUUUAA